CCGCUCAUGAACUCGGUGGUGUCCCAUGUCAUCUGUGAUGUACUGUUUUUGAUUGGCCAGUCAUGACAGCCGGGGGGAGCGGUGGCUCCACCUCCUCCUCCUGGUUUGUCAUUCCCCGCCCUUCCACCCCUCUACACUUUCCCCACUUCCUGGUCCUACCCUUAAGGCCCACCCCAUCCUCUUCUCCUCCCAUGGUGCACUGGUGCUGUGUAAAAAAACGAGUGAGGGGAAUGGAAAAUACUGGGGAAAACGUGUUAUUUUUUCCUUCCUUUUUUUCCUUUGCUUUUUUUUAAUUUAUGCAAAUCUUCAGAUCCCUCGGCCCCUUCCUUUACUGACCUGAGAUUCCAUGUCUCGUUUUGCUGCGUCCCGAUGAAAGACAUGAUGUCAAAGUAGCUGUGGAUCAUGAACUGCUGUGGUAACUGACACAGGCUGAACUGUUUGACGCCAACCAAGACGACACGGACCCCUGGUUUAUCUGUUGCUGCCCUGAGGGGGUUUUGUGGGGGGCUGGGUGGGAAUACUCUUAUUGUUAUUUUUAAUAAAAAAAAUAAAAUAAAUAAACCUAAAUAAAUAGUUGGCAGAACACAAAACCACAAAAAAAAACCAACAAACUACAAAAAAAACUGUAACCAAAGUUGCUGUCUCGUUUACAGUGAAUUUGGGAAAGGGGGUGUGAACUUGGCCCAGCCUCUUUGGGGAGGGGGUGGGGGGUGGGGCACCUCUGGUUCAUAUUUGGAGUCUGAGCAGACUGAGAGAGAUGCAGCAGUGAUGUGUCGUCUGAAAUGGCUGCUCCUCUCACGCAACCACAACGUCCUUCUCAUCGGACAAGAGCAGACGUCAUAGAGAGGGGAGGUCCAGGCAGUAGAUUGUAGUCAUUUUUUUGUACAGUGCUUAUUACAGCUGUACCCUUUCUGUAACACUGUUUCACAUUGAGAUGAUAAUGAUGAUGACUGAUGAUGAUGAUGAUGAUAAUAAUGAUGAUGAUGACUCGAUGAUAGGUUUUAAAAGUGGGGGAAAAAACAAGUUUUUAAUGGUGAAGAGAAGAAAAAAGCUUAAAGGCUUUUCCCCCAAAGGAUCGAGACCCUACAACACCCUUACCUCCUCUAAAAAAAAAAAAAAAACCCUUGAUUGUAUGAAUUGACCCUUAUAAAAAAGAAAUCACCUCUUAGGACUGGUUUUCAACUUAAGAUGCAGCGUAGGCUGUGGUGUAAAUAAGAUGUUGUACAUUACACUUUCUCUCUCUCUCUUCCCACUCCCCUUCUCUCUGGCUCUCUUUCUCUUGCUCUUUGUCACAUUCUUAUGCUACUUCUCACUGUUUUUAUCUAUGAAGAAUGGACAUCCACACUUGAGUUGGGUUCAUUGCAUCAGAAACUCUGUAGGUAUGUUAACAGACCCCCCCUCCGGCUUCUCACCACGGCUCCUUCUUAGAACAGCAGACACAGCUGAAAUAUUUUAAUUUCAUCUUGUGGUACAACAAAAUAAACUCUAGAUGAAGAAACACAGAAAUUUGAGAUUUUUUUUUCUCUCUCUCUCUAUCUCCAGUGAUAUGGAUUCUGCAUAUUUGUAUUUCAGACUAUGUAGCUAAAAACUUAAUGUAAAUUCCUUUUCCCCCCCUUUUUGGCUCAAUGAAUAUCAUUUAUUCAGUAUGAAAUCUUUAUACUAUAUGUUCCAUGUGGUAAGAAUAAAUGUACAUUAAAUCUU